AUGACCUGGAGUCUCUCCUCUCACCACACCCGCGCUCGACUGCCCCCAAAACUCAAAAACUCCGUUUUCGCAUCCCAGCCCACCUCCGCGGGCUCGGUAUCGUACACGCCUCCGGAGCAGCUACGGUCGGAGAUCCCUCUGGCGUCUCCUUUCCUGGACAUCUGGGUGCUAGGCUGCGUGCUUUACGGGCUGCGGCAGGGUCAUUUGCCGUUCGAAGACGACUUCGAGCUCCGGCUGCGGCUCAAGAUCAUGAAUAGUCAGUUCGAGUUCCCAGGCGCGUUGGUAGUCACGCUGGCAUAUAAGAGUUGGAGGGAGGCGGAGAAGAAGAAGGUGGUGGCUAAGCUUCUUCAGGGAUGUCUGGCGGUGGACCAGGAAAGUCGCUGGGUAGUCUCGGAGAUUGGAUGCUCGCCCUGGCUUGACCGGGCCCCUCCUCCUCAUCCUCGUCAGACGGGUUCUAUGAUUUUCCUGAUCAGUAUAUUGUGCAAACCAAAAGUAUGGUAG